AGUGCGCAGCUGUGUGGUGUAAACAAUGGUUUCGCUGUUGAUAUUUAAAUAAAAAUGUGAGAAUAAUGACCUUUGUAUAUCGCAUAUUGGUUCUCGCAUUGUUCCGUGUGUUUUCUGCGGACACACUCAGUGUAAGCCGAAUAUUUUUUAUGAUAUAGUCGUGAUCAAAAUAGGGCCCUUUUUAUUUUUAUAAAUUUCAAAAUGAAGCUCAAAGUGAACAAGAGUUUAGUGCCAAUAAAGGCGCAUUUCUUCUUCUUUUUUGCUGCGCUGGGCCCACUCCUGCCACAAAUGAAUGUCUUCGGGCGCCAACUCGGCGUGUCCCCUGGCGCCAUGGGGCUGGUGACGUCCGUGCUGCCCCUGCUGUGGGCCGCGGCCAAGCCGAUCUUUGGCUACGUCGUCGACUUCUGGCCGACUCAUAGAAAACUAGUCUUCAUGCUUCUAAUCGCGACGAUGACAGGCUCCUACUGUUGUCUCUGGUUCCUCCCCAUGCCGGACCCGCCGCCACAGAUAACACAAAACGUAUACACGCUCAACGACACUGUCUAUCUAAAAAAACUUGACAACACUGCCAUAGACGAACUCUUAUUGCAAAAAUACAGCUGUCAGUGGACGUGUCAUAACAAGACUUUUGACGUUUACCUGUCAAAUUCGACCUAUGUCAAUACAGUUUAUGUGGAUAAUGAUGUAGGGAAUAUGUCUUGCUCGCUCUUUAAUAUGGAGUUUAAUGAUGAGAGAGAAGGAGAGGUGAUAUGCGUACCGAAGACUGGUUGUAAUCUAAUAUGCUUGGAUAAAGAUUUAAAUGGUACAGAGCUUGUUACUUCGAAUGGGACAAACUUGGAUAAUUCAGUGUCUAUGGAUGCCACAGAUAAUUUAUAUAUGACGUCUGUUUUUUGGGCGUUCGUGGUGUUAAUGUGUGUUGGUACUGUGGCGUUCAAUGUUGCCAACUGCAUUGGUGACGCCGUUUGCUUCGAUGUACUAGGCACAGAACGCGCCUCAAAAUAUGGCGCCCAACGCGCCUGGGGUACCGCCGGUUAUGGACUCACAGCACUACUGGGCGGAGCCCUAAUAGACCUCACAUCUGGGGCUUAUAAGGACUUCACACCGGCGUUCGUUAUAGCCCUAGCGGCUACGGCGGUCGAUCUGUACAGCUGUAGGGCGCUUAAUCUACCCUCACUAUCCAGCCCCGACGAUUCCGGCAAAGCGUUACGCGAUGUGCUGCGCAUACCGCGUGUCCUUGUAUUCAUACUGUUCGCCGUAGUGGCAGGGACUUUUGACAGCUUCAUCAUUUACUACAUGUUCUGGUUUCUCGAAGAGCUGGCGGAGGAGACGGGCUCUAUGGCGAAGAUUAAACUCAUAGAGGGCGUGGUGGUCGCCGGGCAGAGCUUCAUUGGGGAGCUGGUGUUCUUCUACUUCUCGGGUAAAAUAAUAAAGCGUUGGGGCUACGGCGCCACACUGACGCUGUCUCUGUUCUGCUACGCGCUGCGUCUCGCUCUGAUCUCGUUCAUCCAACAUCCAUGGCAUCUCGUGUUUAUCGAGUCCAUAAUGCAAGGGCCGACAUACGCGCUAUGCUACUCGUGUAUAGUGGGGUAUGCGGCCUGCGUAGCCCCCGAAGGUUACUCGGCCACGGUCCAAGGCGUUGUAGCUGGCAUGGACGAUGGAGUCGGUUUCGCGCUGGGCUCGCUGGUGGGCGGGCAGCUGUACGCUUGGGCGGGCGGACGCGGGUCGUUCCGCGUGAUGGCGGUGACUGCUGCCAUCGCCGCCACCGCGCACCUCUGCAUGUACCGCUUCGUCACUAGACACCAAGAACAAAAAGCAGAACAAUCCACCCCCGAAGGCGAAAAGAUGCUGGAACUAGACAGCAGCGCCAUCUACCGGGCGACGGUCGUACCGCUCAGCGAGAAAGGCGAGAACAGAUAACAAACUUACGAGUUUACGCUACUCUACCACAGAUGGCACUACUUGUUUACAGAUAUA